AUAUCUGUCAAAACAAACAGCUGCGCUCUGCUGUUGUAGACGAUCGCGCUCCGUUUGGGGGAAAAAGUUCCAGAGAACCUGUGAAAAAUAUGGCCAGCCGUGAAGCCGUUCGCCGUGCCGUGCAGAACGUUCGUCCGAUUCUGUCGGUGGACCGCGAAGAAGCCCGAAAACGUGUGCUAAACCUGUACAAGGCAUGGUACCGUCAGAUUCCUUACAUCGUGAUGGAUUACGAUAUCCCUAAAUCGGUGGAGCAGUGCCGCGAGAAACUCCGGGAGGAGUUCCUUAAGCACAAGAACGUGACGGACAUUCGUGUGAUCGAUAUGCUUGUUAUUAAGGGUCAAAUGGAGCUUAAGGAAUCGGUUUCGAUCUGGAAGCAGAAGGGUCACAUCAUGCGCUACUGGAAGGAGAGCGUCGAACCUAAGCCAACCGAUUUCCUGUCCAAAUUCUUGUCUGGUCAUAACUAGAGAAUGCAAUCUGUUGUAAAUACAUCAAACAAUCGACACCUCUCUAGGUUGGUUUGUGGCACGUGAUAUGAUUAGUUGGAAUAAAAAAGUACUACGACAAAAAACAA